AUGGUUGUCUCGUUCAGGAAAUCAGAGCCUUUAAAGAAUGUAACAAACAAGAUUGGGAAGAGAUCCGAGAAGCAGACAUUUCCACUCACAAAGAUGGAAGAGGUUAUAUACAAGCACCAAAAAAUAGCAGAAGCUUCUCAAAUAAUCAUGGUAGAUAAAUAUUCGGACGAUAUUUUUGAAUACUUUUCAGAGGUCGACAAGCCAUUCGUAUAUAUAAAUGAUGGAGUAUCAUGGAAAAUGAGGAGCCUGCUGGUGGAUUGGAUUAUCGACAUUCAUGAUAAGUUGGGACUUUGCCACGAUACACUUUUCCUUGCAAUUAAUCUUAUUGAUAGGUUUCUCUCCAUGAGAUCUAUCCCAGGCUCGAAGCUUCAAUUAGUAGGGAUUUCUGCUCUCAUGAUAGCAUGCAAAUAUGAAGAGGUCGUGUGUCCUGCUCUUCAGACAUUUGUCUUGCUAACAGAGAAGACGUUGACUGGAGAGGAUGUAAGAAAGGCAGAAAAAUACAUGCUGCAUACUCUCAAUUACGAUCUGCAAUAUGUAUCGCCACUCAACUUUCUUAGGAGGUGCUCCAAAGCCAAUAAUUACGAAAUCAGUAGUAGAGCAGUCGGAAAAUAUUUAUUGGAGCUCAUGACUCUUUAUCAGGAGUUUCUGAGGUUCAAGGGAUCGGUAAGGGCUGCUGCGGCAAUGUAUCUCUCAAGAAAAAUGACAUCCCAGGAUCACUGUAAGAAUCUGUUUCUUAUGUACUCUGGACAUAUGAAGGAUGAUAUAAAGGAGUGCUUUAAUGCUCUUGUUCGUAUCAUAAGCGAAAGCAUUCCAUUUGAAAACAUACAGAACAAAUACAACACCCCGAAGUUCCUGCACGUGUCAUCUUUUGUUAAAAAAUAUGCCGAGAAAAACUUCAAGUAG